AUGUCUUACAAUUUUAAUUAUAACAGGCACAAUUCUUUAGGGGGAAAUUGGCAAUUACCCCCUCCGUAUGGAUUGAACGGUAACGAACAAACACCGCCGUUAACAGAUAAUGCAGCAGGGGUACAAGACCCACAGAGAGCAGCACAAGCAAACCAAAUGCCCGGAUUCAGGAAUCCGUGGUAUACGUCAAAUCAAGCGCCAAGCGGUAUAAUUACGUCUCCAAAUAUGUCACAAUCACCUACCAAGGGUCAACAAGCAAUUCCGCUUCUACAACAACAAAAUAAGAGAAUGUCAUUUGCUAACCAGCUACCAACGACGUACGAGUAUGAUGGACAAAGACCUUCAAAUGCUCCACCGUUUAUUCAUCCGCCUACAAGAGUGGAUAAUCCCUUCAAUCAAUAUUACACUAAUCAGGAAGUGAAUUUGGGACAUGUCGAUAGAAGGAUGUCGGCGGUUGCAGAUGGUGCAUAUUAUAGUGCUAAUGGAUAUAAUGCGUAUCCCCCUGAAUCAACUGAAACUGAGUUUCAGUCACAAUACAUACAAAAUGUUCCUCUCUACAGUCAAGGGUUGAAUAGAAGAUCGUCAGUUGCAACAGCUAAUUACCACCAAACUCCACCUAAUACACAUGUUAACUACCACCAUCAGCCAGCCAAAGUUGGUAGGUCUGCGCUGAUCGUACAAUAUCAGCAGUAUCAAGAAGCAUUGCAGAAUCAACUCCAAACAACGAAGAGAAAAGCAGCUCCUAAAGCCAGAAAGAUAUAUAAUAAGUACGACUUGAAACCUAAAGUACAUCAUCAACCGAAAUAUCGUCGUUGCUCUGUCAAUUCUAUUCAUAUUUCACCAGUAAACGCGUUGUCGAUCUACAUUACAGAAUCAUACAGAAUAUGCCAACCUAAGAAAUUCCAAUAUUGCAAAUCGACUAAUCCAAAGAGGGUACUAACAAAACCGCUGGAUCCUAAGUACAAUAACGGAUUUGAUAAUGAAGACAGUGAUUAUAUAUUAUACGUGAAUGAUAUAUUGGGAACGGAUGAAGGAAGGAAAUAUAUUGUUUUAGAUUUAUUAGGAUCAGGGACUUUUGGUCAAGUUGUUAAAUGUCAAAAUCUAACGAACCAAUCAGUUUGUGCCAUAAAAGUCAUUAAAUCUAAACCGGCUUAUAUGAAUCAGUCAUUGACAGAAGUUAAAUUACUUGAAUAUUUAAACUCAAAUAGUAACAGUAAACGGUUCAUUCGUUUGUUGGAUACUUUCAUGCACAAAGAGCAUUUAUGUUUAGUAUUUGAGUUGUUAGCAUCUAAUUUGUAUGAAUUAAUUAAGCAAAAUCAAUUCCAAGGGCUCAAUAUGAAAUUAGUGAAGUUGCUUACAAGGCAGUUAUUGGAAGCAAUGGCUGAAUUGAAAGGAUUUCAAAUGAUACAUUGUGAUCUAAAACCGGAAAAUAUAUUGCUCUUCCAACCAGAUAAACCAGAUAUUAAGGUUAUUGACUUUGGUUCAGCUUGCUUCACCAGACAGACAGUAUACUCGUAUAUACAAUCUAGAUUUUACAGGUCUCCCGAAGUAAUAUUGGGUUUGCCAUAUACCGAAUCUAUUGAUAUGUGGUCGUUGGGAUGUAUUGUCGGAGAAUUAUUUUUGGGGUUGCCAAUGUUUCCAGGCACAUCAGAGUUUAAUCAGAUUUGGAAAAUUGUCGACAUGUUGGGCUACCCAGCAAGGCAUAUGAUUGAGGUUGGCCGCAACUCCUUAAAUUUCUUCAAUAAAUUUCCUCCAAGUAUACCUGACGGAAAACCAGUCUUUAGAAUAAAGACAUUAGAAGAGUAUUUUCAAUUUUUAGCAAGCGCUAAAGGAAAAGAAGACCAAAUAAAGAAAGAACAACCAAAUAAAAAUUACUUUAAACAUCGUUUGUUGAAGGAUAUAAUAAUGAAUUAUAAAUUACCUUCUAAGAAAAUGACGAACUCCAUGAUCGAGAAGGAAUGUCAAGAGAGGCUUUUACUUGUUGAUUUCUUAUCCAAGGUGCUUAAUUUGAAUCCUUUGGAAAGGCUUACUCCACAAGAAGCGUUGAAGCACCCUUUUGUUAGUGAUGUUUCUUUGCAUCACUCAUCUGCAGCAUCCGCAAAUUCUUCUGGCGACCGCUCGGCGAACCACACUGAUUAUUCGGAUACUACAAAAGAAGGUAAAACUCUUUCUGGGAGUACUGGAAGUAUGUCUAAUUCUUCGAGAACAUCAAUUCCUUCAGAAAUAUAA